AGAUGAACUGUCUACUUCAUUUAGAAUCUCUUCAACAGUAAAGACAAAAGGUUUAUUUUUAUAUAACUGCAAAUACAUUUAGGCAGAAAGGGGUUUAGCAGGACAAAAACACAUAAAAGACAGAGAGCAAUGAUUCACUCCCGUAACUCCGAUGCAAGCAACAUUAAAAGCAGAACAUAAAGGCCACAGAGGAAGCAAAGCGUGUUUCUGAUGAGUUUCUGGCCCCUGGCCGCUCAGACGCAUGGUGACACCACGUAUGGAACCGGCCCGCGAAAAGCCAAUGAGUGCGUGCGCAUCCGUGCGCCCCCAUGAGUUGAUGCAGUGGGAUAUCCAGGCAGUUCCGAGGUUGCGUAAUGUAAGCAUCAUCCCUCCUCUGUGGCGGUUAUAAGCACUGUUAGCUGCUCCUGUAUGUCCUGGUUUUUUACACGUGUUGAGGGCCAAAAUUAUGGAGCUGUAAUGUGUUCACGCGCACUUUCCUGUUAGUCAAUCACGACUUUCCCCUCUUUGUUCGUAACGACCGCAAAGUUAAAUCAGCACGCAGUUUGAGAGGAUGAAUGAAGUUGUUUGGCUAAGGCGAGUGAGUGAGAGUACACUCUCCUUCUCGCCGUGAUUCACACGCCGACCAUGCAGACCGUGACUGUAGCAAGCGGAGACUUCUGACGUCAGACCAGGAGAAUGACACGCGCGUCCAAUAAGGGGCCGAGGAUGAGCAGCGCGAGGACGGAGCUUGCCGAAGAGAAGGCUAAUAACCAUGCCAACCGAAGAAUAUAGCGCGCGCGCCGCUGACUAGGGGGGAAGAGAGGGACGAAAAAAAGGGGUGAGAAAGACAAGGGGGAAACCCUGAAAGAAGACACAACAGUCGCUCAGAGGAGGAGAAAGGAGCAACAGAGGCAUCCCGGUUCCUUCCAGGGGAAGAAAAGGACGAGGAGCUGGUACAUUUUUUAUUCCUUUUCCCAUCUCUGUGGCAUGGUUUCCCCCUUUAUUCCCACUUUCUCUCCAUCCUUCCCCGCCUCCUCCUCUCCAUCCUUCCCCGCAUGCCCCCUCUCGCUGGCUCAGGGACCGCACUGCUGCAGCUGAGUGAAACGGUUCAAGCUAUGGUUCUCAUCCUGGCUGCCACCGCAGCAGCCAUGAGCAGCGGCGGUGGCAACGGCUUCAACACUUCCUCCCCCCUCGACCCAUUCGACUCCUCAACGUCUUGGAGCGUAAGCGAGGAUCCCUCCAACUCUUCUUCAGAGCCCUUCUUGAGAACUCUGACUCCAGACCUCCAGCCGGCGACCACUGCUGGCACCGUGCAGGAAGUCAGCCCUUGGGAUAUUGCGUUGUGCGUAACGGGGACGCUCAUCUCCUGUGAGAACGCCUUGGUCAUCGCUGUGCUGUUCUACACGCCGACACUUCGCGCGCCCAUGUUCAUCCUGAUCGGAUCGCUAGCCGUGUCAGAUCUUCUGGCUGGUCUGGGCCUCAUCUUAAACUUCGUCUUCACCUAUUUAAUCGACAACUCGGUGGAAUUUGUGACGUUGCUGUCGGUCGGAUUUCUCAUCUCGGCCUUCUCCGCGUCCGUCUUUAAUAUCCUCGCCAUUACGGUUGACCGCUACCUGUCGCUGUAUAACGCCCUGACCUACCACACCGAGCGCACAGUCACUUUCACCUACAUGAUGGUGGUUUUUAUCUGGGUGACGUGUGUCACUCUGGGCCUGCUGCCGGCGCUCGGAUGGAACUGCUUCAAAGACCAGUCUACGUGCAGCAUCUGUCGCCCAGUCACCAAAAACAAUGCAGUGGCGCUCGCCGUCACCUUCCUCCUCGUCUUUGCCCUCAUGAUGCAGCUGUACCUUCAGAUCUGCAAAAUCGCAUUCCGCCACGCACAGCAGAUUGCGGUACAACACCAGUUCAUGGCCAUCUCCACCACCAAAGGGGUCUCCACGUUGUCGGCCAUCCUGUGUGCCUUCGGGGCGUGCUGGCUGCCAUUUGCCAUGUACUCCAUUGUGGCCGACUCCAGCUACCCCAUGAUAUACACCUACGCCACCGUCCUCCCGGCCACCUGCUGCUCCGUGAUCAACCCCGUCAUCUAUGCUUUCCGAAACCCAGAUAUCCAGAAGUCUCUGUGGAUGGCUUGCUGUGGAUGCGUCCCAUCCAACCUCUCCUUAAGACCCAGGACUUCCAGUGACGUGUAGCAAAAAAGGCUAGGGGGUCUAGGAUGAUGCAAGACGAAGAGUCGGGGUAAAAGGAUCGAGAGUUUGGCGUGAGAAAGGCAAGAAGGCUUUGCUCUCCUUCUCGCAUCAGGGCUGGAAAGCUGAUGACAAACGCUGAGCUGGCCGCAGUCGAAGAGGCACCAACAGAUGACUGAGAGGAGGCAUGGUCAAAAAAAGAAGGAGCUAAUAAAGUCCACGUUUGUAGCCUGGAGAACAACCAACUGCAGGAAGUAAGCAGCAGGAAACCAACUGCAAAAUCCUGAUUCAAGGUAUCUUUUAAAACUCUCUCCUUCUUUGGUGAAUGAGAGAAGUGAAGCCCCUCAUGAGUAGCAUAUGUGUGAAGGUGAAAUUUUAGUUGAGGAGAAAAAAAAUUGUACGAAAUCUCCAGAGGACGCUCUGGAUGGUUAUGCAAUCAGGAAGGAUGCUUAAAAUACUGUACAUCUCUUCACUCAAGUGUUUGAAAUCAAGUGCUGUGUGGAUAAAAAUACAAUGAGCUAAAUAUACAAAAAUGAAUGACUUUCAACAUUCUCAAUGAGCUAUAUUUGUAGUCGUCUCUUGAUAAAUUACUAAAAAAAACUGCUCUAAGUCAGCCAUGUUCCCUUUAUUAGAAGCAGAUUAGGUAGUUGAAAAGAGUGCAGCAAAAAUUAGCUCUGUAAUUUCCCCAUUACUUUCUAAGCCCAUUUUAAAUUUACCCAAUGCCAACAUCCCAGCCUUCAAACGUUCAAAUGAAAAACAGAAAAAAAAAAUCUAACCAUUUAGUGAACUGAUAAACAGGGAAAUUUUAGGGAGGGAUUACUAAAUUUAGACCUGGCAUAUGUUGUCCUUGGCGUCAUGACAUCAAACCUGUUCGGCAUCUGAGGAAAAAUGGGUUUCUCAGGCUGCUGCUGGGCUGUGACUACAAAGCGGAGAGCUGAAUUCAGCACCAAGGACAGCUCACUGCAGCGCGCCGCUACCCUGGGAAAUGCUCUCGGCUGUGAUGGUGGUGGUGGUGCUGGG